GCAGCCUGCCAUGGGGCCCUGCUCAGAGCACCAGCCGCUUUGCUGGGCCACCAGUCUCCUGAGGUUCAUCAGCUUCCUCCUCAGUGUCUGCAGCGCUGUGGCUGAGAGUUCUGGGGCACACGGCUCUACAGUUAAGGAUUCCGGAGCCCACGUUCCUCUGAAGGGGAUCCGAGGAGAGUCUGUCUUGUUUGAUGUGACCAAGAAGGCAGGAGCAGUUCUGGAAGCUGAGCUGGAGGAGCUCUUCUGGAGCUUUACCCCUGAGUCAGACUACAGAAUCAUGUUUCGAAUCCAGAGAGGCAUCCAGGCUCCAACCUGGUUCAGCCUCCAGGACAAAUUCCAGCAGAGGGUCCAGGUGCCCAGCUUGUCCUCCCUGAAGAUUGAGAACCUGACCCUUGAGGACAGCGGGCAGUACCGAGCUCAAGCCAGGUUAACAGAAGGAAGAGAAGUUAUGCAGGUUUUCCACCUUACUGUCUAUGAGCCCGUGCCCCAUCCCCACAUCCUGGCUCAGUCACCAUCCAUCGGACCAGGCUGGUGCAACGUCACCCUGGAGUGCAGGGCCCCAGGGGCCACAAGGGACCUGAACGUGACCUGGGAGAGCAGGGGCCUCCCCGUGGAGCUGGAGCAGAGAGGGACACCAGGACCAGCCCUUGACUCCUGGACCCUGGCUGCAAGCCUACCCCUGAGUCAGCCCCAAGCCAGCUUCACUUGUGUGGUCAGCAACCCCAUGGACCAGAAAACUGCCACCAAAGAUCUUGGGGACAUCUGUGCCCAAGAUUCACAUGGAUCGGACGUGGCUAGACUAAAGGCAGUCAUCGUAGGGACUAUUGUGGUUUUGAUGUUGACCCUGGGAGCUAUAUUAUGCCUUUGGAAGACACGUGGAAAGAGGAAGAAGAAGGAGAUGGAACCAGAAAGAGGUGCCCGAAUGCAGGAGGACCACAGAGUUGAGGAUCGUGGCAUCGACUAUGAAGAGCUGAUGAAGCAGGAGUCUCAGGGCAUCAGCAAACUACAUGUGGAUGAAAAGAGGCCUGUGACUACUAUCUACAGUGAGGUUCGUAACUCAGGCCGGGCCAUGAAUAUCAUUUAAUUGGAGGAAGCAGGAGAAUCGGCACCGCCGGGAUACAUGUGCUCUGAUCCUGAAGCCUGCGGACACCUGUCUCUCCCAGCUGCAGUUCAGCUCCAGCUGCCCCUGGUCUGUGUUAGCCUGACUUUGCGGCCAUAGCUCUAUGGGUACUCAUGGCCUGGUUAUGUUCUGUGACACGUCCCCAAGCUGUCCUCGUACUCAGGCUCCUCACCCCUGCUAGGUGAGGUCUUGGUCUGUCAUUCAGAGGGAUUCUCACUCUUCUCCAAAACCUUCCCAAGGGGACCCUGUCUGAUUGUGCAGGUAGCAAAUUCCCACCACUUCUGCUGUGUUGCUAAGUGUGUGAUUCUGAGAACACAAGCCCAGGCGUGGGAGCUGUGCUGACGUAUUUGUUGACUGUGCUGCAGGGGAGGGAGUUAGGACCUGGGUUCUGGGUGCUGGUUAGGGUCAAAGGAGGCAGCAUGGGAGGGUGGAAGCCCCCACAGUGACUGGCCUGAGGCUUCCUUUACAGAUCUCACGUAGGCCUCUCUUGGGUGUGUUGAGCAGUGUGUGCAUAUUUGUGUGUGUGUGCAUUGUAGGGAGUGUCUAGGGCACAUUUUACAGGUGAACCAAAGUCGCCUUCCUUUUCACCUAUGCUAAGCUGGACCUAAGCCUCAGCCUUAGCCAGUAGACCCAAUAUUAUCUUCCUGUGGAGUGGACAGAGGAAUUCGCAUUAUCUGAAGCCCUUACCAGUCUGUGCUUUCAUUAGCCACAUCCUUCCCAAACACUUAGUUGAUAUUUCAAGCUGUCUGAGCUGCAUUCGUUCCAUGAUGGAACUUAUAUUCGGAAAUAACACAAAUUUUUGACUUAUCUGUUGUUUCACAAAAAUUGCU